AUGCCUGCUCAGGGUGGCUGCUGGGGCCGCUUCUUGGAGCAGCGGGCCAGGCAGCUGCAGCGCCAGGUGCAGCACUUCCGAGGGGCACGGACGGGUCGGCGGCGGAUGUGGCAGGUGUCUGCGUCAGCCGCAGGAACCCCGGAGCCGACGGCCAGCGGGCGCGCCGUGGUCCUGCCCCAACCUGCUGCAGGGCUAGAGGCACAGAGCCAGUGGGAUCGCGGAGCUCACGACCCUCCGUCGAGUGGCCGGUCACAGCUCCGCCGCGGGUCCUCCAACCUGCGGACACUGUCCCUGUUCCGGUAUCUCUCCCAGAGCGCGUCCAAGCGCCUCCCCAGAACCGUGCACCUGGACGUGGGUCGCACGCGCACAGGGGCCAUCAUGGCUCUGGCCGUGUGCUCAGGACAGUGUGGCCCCAAGGGCGGUCGGGACAAGAGACCAGAGCCCUGUUCCCGCGUGCGGAGGGAAGUAAGCGCGCGGUAUGAGCUGGAGAAGCAGAAGAGGAAGAUGCUUCACAAUUGUUUGGUGGUGAGCUCCAUUCACGGUUCCGGUUCCGAGAAGGGUGGUGGGAAAGGUGACCUCUGUGAAAGGUUGUGCAAGGACCGGAGGGCAAACGAGGCCGGCACGGUGCCAGGGAGAGCGGUGGGCGCGGAGCCAGUGUCCCCCGGGAGCUGGCGGACCCCGCGUGGCUCGCGGCGUCUGAGCGCGGACGUGCCCGAUGACGUGCUCCUGCCAAGCGGGCCCGUCUCCGACGGCAGCGCCCUUCCUCCGGAGCUGAAAGGGAACAUCAGAGUUCACUGUCGGAUCCGUCCUCUGUUGCUGUUCGACAAGGAGUUUGAUGAUCCAGCCUCACAGGACAGGCCAUCGUGGACCCGAGUUGUGUUCGUGUUGACUCCCCUGUGGUCAGAGUUCGAGGCUUCCCCAGCCUCCUACUACAUGCAGGGCAAGGGCUACAGAGUUUAUGGCCCAGCAGAAUCUCAGCAGGUGGUAUUUGGGGAUGUGUGCCCGCUGCUUACGUCUCUCUUAGAUGGGUACAACGUCUGCAUUCUGCCUUAUGGACAGACAGGAUGUGGGAAGAGCUACACCAUGUUGGGUCCACGUUCUAAGGAGCCGCGCGUCCCCCCAUGGGGCCCGCACAGAGACCUCGGAAUCAUGCCCAGGGCUGCCGGAGAGCUCUUCAGACUUAUUUCAGAAAACCCAUCGAAGAGCCUGAAGGUUGACGUGUCCAUAGUGGAAGUGUAUAAUAACGACAUUCUUGAACUUCUGGCCAAAGAGCGCCGCACGGCGGUGUCUGGGCCCAAGCGUGACGUGCGGACAAGCAAGGCGGCAAAGCGGGAGGUCUCUCCGCCAACCCAACAAGCCUCGCCCGGGUCCCCGGGGGCCCAGCGACCCGCGGAGCAGGUGCAUGCCAAGCUGCAGCUCGUGGACCUGGCGGGCAGCGAGUGUGUGGGUGUGUCCGGAGUGACAGGAUCGGCCCUGAGGGAGACUUUGUUCAUAAACCGGAGGCUGGCGGCCCUCGCAGAUGUCCUGGGGGCCCUGUCGGAGCGCAGAGGCCACAUCCCGUACCGCAACAGCCAGCUCACCCACCUUCUCCAGGAUGUUCUCGGAGGUGACGCAAAGCUCCUGGUGAUUCUGUGCGUGUCCCCCUGCCAGACGCACGUGGCAGAAACGCUGCGGUGCCUGGGGUUUGGGGCCCGGGUGAGGCAAGUGCAGCGAGGCCAAGCUGGAGGGGGCAGUGCGGGCCCCCGAAAACCCAGGUGA